AUGAGAGUGGCCCUGGAGACUGCACAGAACCCUGCAGAUGCCGACUUACAGCGAGUGCUUCCUGGAGUGCACCAGUGGCAUUCAGCUAACAAUGCCGAAAUCAGGCAGGUCAGCCGGAAGCUUGAUACUGUGGCAGAGGUUUUGACCGGGGGGAUCAACAAGCUAAUAGCUUUCACCCAUACCAACGAGCGCCGUCACCUGCUUCGCGAUGAGCAACUAGCUCAAUUUCUAGAGCGAGGAGCACAAGCAAUUAGGAACAGAGAGGAGGAAGAUUUCACGGAGCUUUUACAAGAGGCAACAGCUGCCGGUACUAUGGCCAAUGACACAACAAUCAAUAACAGCCGAGUUGCCCCCACACAACUGGAGAACGACUUGGAAGCCACCGGAUUUGUUGCUCCUAUUGAUGAUCCUAUAAUGGAGGUGGAUAAUGGAAAUUACGGCAACAUGGAGCAGAUGGAAGCAGCCGAUGUUUUACUUCAAGUUGGUGCAACGAGGGUAGCUACAGAACAAUACACAGCAAAAGAGAUGCAACUCGGUGCAAUGAUUGGGGUCACCAAGCCCAAUAAGUCCUUCUUCAUGCGGCCUAAGCACACCACUCUCUUAGCAAUGCUGGAUGAGUGGACUGGCCGCGGUGACUUCCAGUGUGAGUUGAAUGGUGUAGAAGGGCGUGAGCUGCACUGGAAAAAUAAAUGGCGACUGCAUUGGUCGAAGGCGCAAGGUGCACACCUGUCAAGAACCAAGGCCAUCAUCACCGGCAUUCGAGCUUAUGCAAAAAUCCACAACAAAUCAGACCAUGAUGUGCGCCUUGCAUUGCAAGAUAUAUAUUAA